AUGGACCAAGACCCCGGGUUUAUCGCCGCCUUGGAAGAAGCUAAGAAAGGCGCUGGGGAGGGUGGAGUCCCCAUUGGAGCUGCUUUAGUCUCCAAGGAUGGUAAGAUCCUCGGUCGAGGACACAAUAUGCGCGUCCAACAAGGCAGCGCGACGUUACAUGCUGAGAUAUCUGCUCUCGAGAACUCGGGUCGUCUCCCCGCUUCCGCCUACGAAGGCGCUACCAUGUAUACCACCCUGUCUCCCUGUGACAUGUGCACGGGUGCCUGUAUACUCUACAAGGUGAAACGCGUGGUCAUUGGCGAGAAUGUGAACUUUGUCGGUGCGGAGGAGUAUCUCCUCAAUCGCGGUAAGGAGGUUGUAUUGUUGGAUAACGAGGAAUGUAAGCAAUUAAUGGGGGAUUUUAUCAAGGAAAAGCCAGAGCUUUGGAAUGAGGAUAUUUCCGUCUAG